AUGUCGACACCGGAGCCUUCCACCGAGGUGUGGACAAGGGAAUUCGAAAGUGUGCGCACCGAGGUCACCUACGAAGAGGUCCGGGAACAAGUGAGGACUUCUAACGUCAAUGGACUGAGUCGAAUCCAAUCCGGCGUCGAUGUAGAGCGUGCGGAAAAAGACUUUGAGGAACUCAACAGGCAACUCUCCAGUCUCUCCCAACAGGCUAGGCGACUCUCCAAACAAGAACCCGUGCAUGAUAUUGAGAAGACUGCUAGCUCACAUGGCUCCAGCGCCGAAGAGCCAUGGGAUCUGGAGACUACUCUCCGUGGAUCAAAAGCCGCCGAAAACGAGGCAGGUAUUAAGCCUAAACAUAUUGGCGUCAUUUGGGACGGCCUUACCGUUCGAGGAUUUGGCGGCGUCAAGACUUUUAUACAAACAUUUCCGGAUGCAAUAAUCGGCUUUUUCAAUGUUUACGAUACAUUAAAAUCACUUCUAGGACUGCAGAAGCAGGGCCCAGAAGUUGAUAUUCUCCACGAUUUUCGGGGAGUACUCACACCUGGCGAGAUGGUCCUUGUCUUGGGCCGGCCAGGCUCUGGUUGUACCACAUUUUUAAAAGUUAUUACGAACCAACGAUUUGGGUAUACGUCUAUUGACGGUGAUGUCAUGUACGGGUCUUUUGAUAGCGAGACAUUUGCAAAGAAAUUUCGCGGCGAAGCUGUCUAUAAUCAAGAAGAUGACAUUCACCAUCCUACUUUGACUGUCGGUCAAACCCUUUCAUUCGCUCUCGACACCAAGACCCCCGGCAAGAGACCAGGUGGUAUAUCCAAGCGAGAAUUUAAGGAAAAGGUCAUUCAAUUGCUGUUGAAAAUGUUCAACAUCGAGCACACGCUCAACACAGUAGUCGGCAAUGCUUUCGUCCGCGGAAUUUCAGGAGGUGAGCGCAAACGAGUGAGCAUAGCAGAAAUGAUGGCAACUUCUGCUACUGUCCUAGCAUGGGAUAAUACAACUCGCGGCUUGGAUGCAUCUACUGCCCUAGAUUUUGCGAAGUCGCUCCGAAUCAUGACCAACAUCUACAAGACAACAACCUUCGUGUCUUUGUAUCAGGCUUCCGAAAGCAUUUAUAACCAAUUCGACAAAGUGAUGGUCAUCGACGAAGGGCGUCAAGUCUUUUUUGGGCCUACUUCUGAGGCGAGAGCUUACUUUGAAGACCUUGGUUUCGAGCCAAAGCCUCGUCAAACAACCCCUGACUAUUUGACUGGUUGCACAGAUCCCUUUGAAAGGGAAUACCAGGAUGGUCGUAAUGCCGGCAAUGUCCCCUCUACACCAGAUGCUUUAGCAAAGGCUUUCAACGAAUCGAGGUAUCGAGAGCUUCUCGACGAGCAAAUGGCUGCUUAUCGUACUGAAAUCCAACAGGAGAAGCACGUGUUUGAGGAGUUUGAGCUCGCUCACAAAGAAGCUAAACGCAAGUUUACUUCGGAAUCCUCUGUUUACUCUAUCCCGUUCUAUCUCCAGAUAUGGGUAUUAAUGCAACGUCAAUUCCUCGUCAAGUGGCAGGAUAAAUUUGGUCUGGUUGUUUCUUGGGUGACUUCCAUAGGAACGGCGAUUGUGCUGGGAACAGUUUGGUAUAAAAUCCCUACUAAUAGUUCCGGUGCCUUCACCCGUGGUGGGUUGCUUUUCAUGUCACUUCUUUUCAAUGCAUUUCAAGCGUUCGCAGAAUUGGGAUCUACAAUGCUGGGACGUCCGAUUAUAAAUAAGCAUCGUGGAUACACGUUCCACCGUCCGGCUGCGCUUUGGAUUGCUCAAAUCCUGGUUGAUAGCGCUUUUGCUGCGGUGCAAAUAUGCGUUUUCAGUAUUAUUGUGUACUUCAUGUGUGGUCUAGUUCUUGACGCAGGGGCAUUCUUCACCUUUGUUCUGAUCAUUAUAGCUGGUUAUCUCUCCAUGACGUUGUUCUUCCGAACAGUUGGAUGCCUGUGUCCUGAUUUUGACUACGCGAUGAAGUUUGCUGCCGUGAUCAUCACUCUUUACGUGCUCACAGCUGGUUAUUUGAUCCAAUAUCAAAGUGAACAGGUUUGGCUUCGAUGGAUCUACUACAUCAAUGCACUGGGGCUGGGUUUCACUGCUUUAAUGGUCAAUGAGUUCAAACGGCUUACCUUGACUUGUGACUCUUCUGCAUUGAUACCUUCUGGACCGGGCUACAAUGAUAUCAAUCAUCAGACAUGUACUCUCCAGGGGAGUACGCCUGGUUCAUAUCUUAUCUCAGGUACUGAUUAUCUCAGCUCCGGUUUUGACUAUGAAGUUGGCAACCUCUGGCGCAACUUUGGAAUCAUAGUAGCAUUGACUGUGUUUUUCUUGUUCACCAAUGCCUGGCUAGGAGAAGUCUUGAGCUGGGGAGCAGGUGGUAGAACUAUCACCUUCUAUCAAAAGGAGAACGAUGCAAGGAAAAAGCUCAAUGAGGCGUUAAUAGCCAAGAAAGAGGAACGUCAAAACAAAGAAAAUAAAGUAUCUUCCGACAACUUGAAUAUUACAUCAAAGGCAAUACUCACCUGGGAAGACCUCAACUAUGACGUUCCGGUUCCCGCUGGUACCCGUCGGUUAUUGAAUUCGGUCUAUGGUUAUGUCCAGCCGGGCAAACUAACGGCUCUAAUGGGAGCUUCUGGGGCUGGAAAGACAACACUGUUAGAUGUAUUAGCAGCACGAAAAAGCAUUGGAGUCAUUUCGGGUGAUGUUUUGGUUGAUGGCAAAAAGCCCGGUCUAUCUUUUCAGCGUGGUACCUCAUAUGCAGAACAGCUUGAUGUUCAUGAGGCGACCCAGACUGUACGAGAAGCGCUGCGUUUUUCGGCCGAACUUCGUCAACCAUACCAUGUACCAUUAUCUGAGAAGCAUGCGUAUGUAGAGGAAAUUAUUUCUCUUCUGGAAUUGGAGCCGCUGGCAGAUGCAAUCAUCGGGUUUCCGGAAUUCGGAUUGUCUGUGGAAGAGCGUAAACGGGUAACUAUCGGAGUUGAACUUGCAGCUAAGCCUGAGCUUCUGUUGUUCUUGGAUGAACCAACAUCCGGCCUUGAUAGCCAGUCUGCUUUCAACAUUGUCCGUUUUCUGCGCAAAUUGUCGGCAGCUGGACAAGCCAUUCUAUGCACUAUACACCAGCCUAACUCAGCAUUAUUUCAAAGCUUCGAUAGAUUGCUCCUUCUUCAAAAAGGUGGCAGAUGUGUUUAUUUCGGAGACAUUGGACAGGACAGCCAGGUUCUGAUUGAUUACUUCCGACGUAACGGAGCCGAUUGCCCUUCGAACGCAAAUCCUGCUGAGUGGAUGCUUGAUGCUAUAGGCGCUGGACAAACGCCUCGUAUUGGGGGUCGUGAUUGGGGUGAUAUCUGGAGUGAAUCACCAGAAUUGUCUCAGAUAAAGGAAGAUAUAUCGCAUAUGAAAGCAGAACGUAUUGCACAAACCAAGGAGAUUGAAGUCUCUACUCAAGAGGUAGAAUACGCGACGCCUACUUGGCAUCAGAUCAAGACUGUUGUGCGAAGAAUGAACCUCUCAUUUUGGCGAUCGCCCAACUACGGAUUUACCAGAUUGUUCACACAUGCAGCCAUCGCCCUUCUCACUGGUCUAAUGUUUCUGCAAUUGGAUGAUUCGCGAGCAUCUCUUCAGUAUCGUGUCUUCGUACUUUUCCAGAUUACUGUCAUUCCUGCCAUUAUCAUCCAGCAGGUAGAGCCUAAGUAUGAUAUGUCACGACUGGUUUCGUACCGCGAAUCUGCGUCCAAGACAUACAGACCAAUUGCAUUCGCGAUUGCUAUGGUUAUCGCCGAGGUUCCGUACAGUUUGCUUUGUACGGUAGCGUUCUUCUUGCCGAUCUAUUACAUUCCAGCUUUCCAGUCUGCCUCUGAUCGUGCGGGAUAUCAGUUCCUGAUGAUUCUAAUUACUGAGUUUUUCUCGGUGACGUUGGGUCAGAUGGUUGCAGCAAUCACACCAAGUGCAUACAUCGCGUCGCAGCUCAACCCCCCGCUUGUCGUUGUAUUUGCUCUUUUCUGUGGUGUGGCGGUUCCCAAGCCCCAGAUUCCUGGAUUUUGGAGGGCUUGGCUAUAUCAACUCGAUCCGUUCACAAGGCUUAUCGGUGGUAUGGUGGUUACUGAACUUCAUGGACGUGAAGUCGUGUGCAAGGAAUCAGAACUCAAUUCUUUUACUGCACCUUCCGGUCAAACCUGUGGUGAAUACAUGUCUUCAUACUUUGAAUCCGGUGGACUGGGUUAUAUCACCAAUAAUGCGACCGACGUUUGCCAGUACUGUGCCUACAAGGUCGGCGAUCAGUUCUAUGCUUCCUUUGACUUGGACUAUAGCAACCGCUGGCGAGAUUUUGGUAUCUUCCUCUGCUUCGUCGUCAGCAAUGUUAUUAUACUUUUCCUCGGUGCACGGUUCCUGAACUUCAACAAGCGUUGA